AUGGCCACCAAACUCUACGAAAUACUCGAAAUAGAUGCAACGGCGACCUCAGAAGAAAUUCGCAAGGCGUACAAGAAGCGGGCCCUGAAGACGCACCCCGACCGUUUGCCACGAAAUGCGACUGAAUCUGAGAAGAAGGCGUCUGAAGAAGAGUUUCGGAAGGUUAACCAGGCUUAUGAGAUCUUGAUUGACGAAGAGAAGAGAAAGGAAUACGACUUCCAUGGUGUAUGGCCGCCGCCCGACAUUGAGGAAAUUCCUAGGCCCAGCGGCAGUUGCUCGCACUUUGACCACUUCGACGACGCAUUCUCGCACCCAUUCUUCCAUCAUCACCACCGACAUCACCCUUUCCAUUCCUUCACUUUCACGGACCCAUUCGCAUUGUUCGACUCCAUCUUUGGCGACUUUGCACCUCGUCGACAAGGCUUCGGAGGCGGCUUCGGCGCUUCGCUCUUUAUGGACGACCCGUUCGACAGGUUCGCCCAGUUGGAGCGACAAAUGGAGGCAGAGUUCAAUGGGUUCCACAGUGGUUUCUCCAUGUUCUCCUCCCCUUUCGGUCUACUGGGAGGCUUUGCACCUCGAGGCUUCUUAGCUGGCCCUGGACCAAUGUCUAACGGUGGUGGCCGUUCUGGAGCUCGUUGGGUGUCGGAAAGCUUCUCAACUCAAAGCAUCAAUGGCGUGACUCAAAGUGUUCACAGACGUCGUGACGCUGAGGGCAAUGAACAUGUCACUAGGAUCUUUCCCGAUGGGCGCGAAGUUUACACUAUCAAUGGGGUGGAGCAGCCAUCUAGGGGGCAAAUCGAGAAUAAAUCAGCAAGUAAUAAGCAACUACCCCCUCCUCAACAAACAGGAUACUCUACCUCGCGUUCCCAAACGCUUCCUGUUCAACGCAACUCCUCGUUGAAUAUGCCCCCGCCGCCACCUUAUACGCCUCAGACGACUGCGCAUCACCAUCAUCACCAGUACCAUCAACCUCGAGUGGACCGCCAAGGUGACUACAACAUGGGGUCUCCUCCUAGUGAGCACCCCCGUACAUCGUCUGACCGUCGCGUUGACUAUGAACCAAAACCCGCAGCCACUACUCCUGAAGUUCGAAGACACCGUGAGUCGGAAAGUCGUCGGCGGUCUUCUUCCUCGUCGCACUAUCGAGACCGCGACCGUGAUUACCGCGACCAUCGAGACUAUUACCAACACCGCGAUGCUAGCCAUUCCAAACCGAGCACACCAGGACAUCGCCCUAGCCCCCGAUACCCUUAUCAGAACCCCCAACCAGAUCGAGAUCACCAUCGUCGCCAUCAUCACCGCCAGCAGCAACCGCAGUACAGCUCACCUGUGUACUACGGGCAAGAUCGUUAA